AUGGUUCCACCUAGACCACCAGAUGGGAAAGUUCCUCCUCCUGAUCCCACCGUCAGGGAAAUCGAAGACGGAAUUCAGAGAGCAAUCGCAGAUCCCUUGACUCUUAGCAAGCUCCAACUGAAUACCGAAUACCCUCCUCGCCCAGGAUAUGGAACGAAGGGAAAGGCAGUGACUCUUUGGGCCAACUACUUUCAUAUUACUCCGGACCCCAAUCUAGUCUUCUACAGAUACGCUAUUGAUGUGAGACCCGCUGCAUCUGGCAGGAAGCUAGCCCAAAUCGUUAGAUUGGUGCUGGAGACACCAGCGGUUACCUCAAUGGCAGCCGAUCUAAUCACUGAUUUCAAGUCUACCAUAAUUUCACGAGAGAAAUUACCGUUGGCGAAUAAUGCAAUCAUCAUACCCGUGUUGUACCGAGAUGAACAAGAGGACGAACCCGCCGAGGACGCUACCCAGUACAGGGCCCGUAUCCUAUACACCAACACUCUGCGGGUCACACAGCUGAUAGAGUAUCUCACGUCGACAAACUUUAGCCAGUAUGAUGAGAAGCUCCCAAUGAUUCAAGCGCUGAAUAUUCUUCUAAAUCAUUACCCCAUGACAUCUCCCGACCUUGUCUCACGUGGCGGUAACAGAGCCAACAGAACCUUUCCACUUAGCAACAAGGCCUCACAGUCGGACAAGGCUCAUCUAGUUGGUGGGCUAACAGCAAUUCGUGGAUUCUUCUCGAGCGUCAGACUCGCUGCUGGUAGGGUCCUGGUUAACGUAAACGUUAGCCAUGGGGCAUUCUACAACAGCGGCCGUCUGACUGACUUCAUGGAUGCAUUUCAAAAGGCAAACGGCAAGAGCCUGUCUGCCUUAAACGAAGUACUGCAUGGUAUCCGGGGACGCACACUCCAUCUACCCGAAAGGAGAAACCGAAGCGGCGAGCUUAUCAUCAGGCCUAAGACGAUCCAUUCUCUUGCGAGGCGUGGCGAUGGCACGGAAUUUCCAGAGGCAAGACGUCCCGAGAUACACUCAUUUGGCGCGGGCUCUAAAGGUGUGAGAUUCUGGCUAGAACCCCGCCAACUGGGAUCGAAGAAGAAGAAGCGCCAACAACCAGGAUCCGCAGCAUCACUAGCUGGGCCUGCGAGAUUGAUUAGUGUGUAUGAUUACUUUCUGGAAACGUACAACAUCCGAGACCAACGACCCGAUUUGCCUGUCAUCAAUACUGGCACACGGGGAAGUCCUAUAUACGUACUGGCACAAGUGUUUGAGAUACUUCCGGGCCAGAUCCACAAUGGAAAGUUGUCCCCCGCCCAGACGCAAGACAUGAUCAAGUUUGCCGUUCGUUCGCCCUUAAAGAACGCCUUUUCUAUCGUCAACCAAGGAGCAGACACUGUUGGUCUGAACCCUCAAAGAAAUACAAUGAUUACUCGAUUCGGUAUAUCCACGGCGAGACAGUUGAUCACUGUUGAGGGGCGGAUCUUGGACCAGCCAAAUAUUAUGUACCGGGGGAAUUCCAGUGUAAAGCAAUUUCCAGGCUCCUGGAAUAUGAUCAGCACCAAAUUCAACGUCCCUGGUCAACGGCUGCGCAAAUGGUCGUAUCUUCUGCUCUCAGACAAGGAAGUGCAAGGAACAUUCCCUGACGUGAAAAGCUUCCAACCAGUUGUCAAUAAGCUCCAGGCUGUCCUUCUCGACACCGGUGUUCUGGUAGACGCGCCCCUCAUUGGAAAGAUAGUAAGGGUGGAUAAGGAUAAAACAAAGGACCUUGAUGAUGUGCUUAAAAGGGCAGCUGGAAUUUUCGACCUCCUCUACAUCAUCUUGCCUGAGAAAGACAGUCGCUGGUACCCAGUAAUCAAGCGAUUAUGCGAUGUGGAGUACGGGUUGCAGACAAUUUGCAGUGUUGGUUCUAAGCUGGUUGCAAAGAAAGGUCAAAUGCAUGAUCAAUAUGGCAAGGCCCUGGAUCAGUAUCUGAGGAAUGUGGCGAUGAAGUUCAACCUGAAGCUGGGCGGGACAAAUCAUGCUGUGGACAAUCUUCGUUCGAGUAUCAUCAAUGAAGACAAGACCAUGGUUGUUGGAUUGGACGUAACACAUCCAACCGGGUCCUCGCAAGUUUCUCCAGCCACUGCACCUAGCGUGGCAGCGAUGGUUGCCAGCAUCGACAAAGGGCUUGGGCAAUGGCCUGCAACUAUCCAGCUCCAGUCCCGUGGAGGAAAGGAAGAAAUCGACAGCUUGGACAUUAUGUUGAAGCGGCACAUUAGGCUAUGGAAGCUCCUCGGAAAGCACGCAUCAUUUCCCGAGAACAUUAUCGUCUACCGUGACGGAAUCUCAGAAGGCCAGUAUAUGAAGUGUUUGACGGAAGAGCUGCCCUUUAUGCGCAAGGCCUGCCGAGAAGUCUAUCCACAGGAGAUGCAAGAGAAAAACCUGCCCAAGAUCACCAUCAUCGUUGUCAGCAAGCGGCAUCAUAUGCGCUUUUACCCAACCGAAGUGCAAACUGCUGACAAGAACGGGAAUACGCCACCGUGCACGAUCGUCGAUCGAUGCAUCACGGAUCCCUAUUACUUCAGCUUCUUUCUCCAGCCUCAUUCCGCUAUCCAUGGAACUGCCCGCAACGCCUUCUAUUUUGUGAUCCUAGACGAGGUUUUCAGUCAGCGAUACAAGGGAAAGCUUCCACCGAAGUACAAGAAUAUCGCGGAGAUUGUGCAAGAUCUGACUUUGCACUUGAGUUACCUAGUUGGCCGUGCUACAAAGGGCGUUAGAGUCUGUUGUCCUGCACGAUACGCUGACCUGGUCUGUGACUGGGCCAGAUGCUACUUAAGUCAAUUCUAUGAACCGUUAUCUGAGACCUCAUCGGUGGCCAGUGGUGGUAGUACAAUGCAAGCGACAAACAAGGAUGUUCUUGUCCAUGAGAGGAUUCGGAACACGAUGUUCUACAUCUGA